CGGCCCGUGGGAGGGAGCGCGGGGCCCCCCGGCAGCGCCGCCGGCUCCCGGCCCUGCCCGGCCUCCUCGGUGGGAGCCGCGGCCAUGGCGGCCAGCGCGAAGCGGAAGCAGGAGGAGAAGCACCUGAAGAUGCUGCGGGACAUGACGGGGCUGCCGCACAACCGCAAGUGCUUCGACUGCGACCAGCGCGGCCCCACCUACGUGAACAUGACGGUCGGCUCGUUCGUGUGCACCUCCUGCUCCGGCAGCCUGAGAGGACUAAAUCCACCUCACAGGGUGAAAUCUAUCUCCAUGACAACAUUUACACAACAGGAAAUUGAAUUCCUGCAAAAACAUGGAAAUGAAGUCUGUAAACAGAUUUGGCUAGGAUUAUUUGAUGAUAGAUCUUCAGCAAUUCCAGACUUCAGGGAUCCACAAAAAGUGAAGGAGUUCCUACAGGAAAAAUAUGAAAAGAAAAGAUGGUAUGUUCCACCAGAGCAAGCCAAAGUGGUGGCAUCGGUUCACGCAUCUAUUUCCGGGUCUUCUGCCAGCAGCACAAGCAGCACCCCUGAGGUCAAGCCCCUGAAAUCUCUGCUGGGAGACGCUGCACCAGCACUGCACUUAAAUAAGGGCACACCUAGUCAGUCCCCAGUUGUAGGUCGUUCUCAAGGGCAGCAGCAGGAGAAGAAGCAGUUUGACCUUUUGAGUGAUCUUGGCUCAGACAUCUUUGCUGCUCCGGCUCCUCAGUCCACCGCUACAGCCAAUUUUGCUAAUUUUGCACAUUUUAACAGUCAUGCAGCUCAGAAUUCUGCAAAUGCAGAUUUUGCAAACUUUGAUGCAUUUGGACAGUCUAGUUCGAGUAAUUUUGGAGGUUUCCCCACAGCAAGUCACUCUCCUUUUCAGCCCCAAACUACAGGUGGAAGUGCUGGAUCAGUAAAUGCUAAUUUUGCUCAUUUUGAUAACUUCCCCAAAUCCUCCAGUGCUGAUUUUGGAAGCUUCAGUACAUCCCAGAGUCAUCAGACAGCAUCAACUGUUAGUAAAGUUUCAACAAACAAAGCUGGUUUACAGACAGCAGACAAAUAUGCGGCACUUGCUAAUUUAGACAAUAUCUUCAGUGCUGGGCAAGGAGGUGAUCAAGGGAGUGGUUUUGGGACCACGGGUAAAGCUCCUGUUGGUUCUGUGGUUUCAGUUCCCAGUCACUCAAGUGCAUCUUCGGACAAGUAUGCAGCGCUGGCAGAGUUAGACAGCGUGUUCAGUUCCGCAGCCACCUCCAGUAAUGCGUACACGUCCACCAGUAACGCCAGCAGCAGUGUAUUUGGAACAGUGCCUGUGGGUGCUUCUGCUCAGACACAGCCUGCUUCAAGUGGGCCCGCUCCAUUUGGGGCUACGCCUUCUACGAAUCCAUUUGUUGCUGCUACUGGUCCUUCUGCUGCAUCAUCUACAAACCCAUUUCAGACCAAUGCCAGAGGAGCAACAGCGGCAACCUUUGGCACUGCGUCCAUGAGUAUGCCAGCAGGAUUUGGAACUCCUGCCCCGUACAGUCUCCCCACCAGCUUUAGUGGCAGUUUCCAGCAGCCCGCCUUCCCGACCCAAGCAGCUUUUCCUCAGCAGACAGCUUUCUCUCAACAGCCCAAUGGUGCAGGUUUUGCAACAUUUGGACAAACAAAACCAGUAGUGACCCCUUUUGGUCAAGUUGCAGCUGCUGGAGUGUCUAGUAAUCCUUUUAUGCCUGGUGCACCAACAGGACAAUUUCCAACAGGAAGCUCAUCAACCAAUCCUUUCUUAUAGCCUUACACAGACACUGUACUGGAACGAACUUUUAUGUGAUCAUAUUACAUCUCUCCGCCUCUUGCACUGUUGUCUUGUUUCACUGAUCUUAGCUUUAAACAUGAGAGAAGUCUUUAAAAAGCCUGCAUUGUGUAUUAAACACCAGGUAAUAUGUGCGAAACAGAGGGCUCAGCAACAACUUUUCACGUGUGAAUUGGCAGAAAAAGGUAGCGGCAUCAUGUACAUUAAAAAUUGGCUAAUGUUAAGUUAUUGCAGAUCCCACAUUCAUUAUGCUGCAGUACUGUACAUAUUUUUCUUAGAAAUUAGCUAUUUGUGCAUAUCAGUAUUUGUAACUUUAACACAUUGUUAUGUGAGAAAUGUUACUGGGGAAUAGAUCAGCCACUUUUAAGGUGCUGUCAUAUAUCUUGGAAUGAAUGAUUAAAAUCAUUUGAAGCAUCACUUCUGGAAAGUUCAAAGUCAAAAUCGGAAGGUUUUAUUCAUUCUUGAAUUUUUCCUUCUAAAGAGCUCUUCUAUUUAUACACGGCUAAAUUCUUUAAAGAUGUGAAGGACACCUGUCUGCGGAAUAAAGCUGAUCAUGUUUUGCUACAGUUUGCAGGUGAACAAAAUAAAUAUUAGAAAAUA